AUGUCUUAUGAACAAGAAGCACCCGGAUGGGUCAAAGGGGAUGGGAACGGCAAUUUCAGCUCCGAAUUCACAUUGCCCAACGGCGUCAGAAAGCAAUUCAACGGCAAAAUCUCAUCAGCCGUUCCAGAAUUUGUUGCAACUCUUUCCAAGGUUUCUUACGAUAAGGAGGGCAGCCUAUCUGGCGACUACAAUUUCGACAAGGCUCUCGUGGGCGCAGCUACAAUCUCCCUACCCCUAGAAGAUGGUGUUGGAAAAGUUCAUAUUACGGGCAACCUUAAUCCUUAUCUGACCAAGGCCUAUACUGCUACUGGAUCUGGAACAUGGAGUAGCACCUGA